UAUGGAUAUUCCAAAAACGAAAGAAUCUCUAAUAUCCAGAAUCUUUCAACAAUAUGAUAAAAACUUCAUAGGCGAAUUGACUGCAGAACAAAUGCAACAAAUUCACAACAAUAUAAGAAUUGGAGGUAUUAGUCUUCCACAAGUUUGCGCUUCCAUUGAAUAUUCUUGUAUUGGACCAACUGUUGAAGAAAGCGAAAUAUUCGAUCUACUUCAAGAGAUGGAUAGGAGAUAUUAUCUUGUUCAAGAUUUUAGAUGGGAAUUUUCAAUGUUAGAUACUGAAAAUUCAGACACAAUAAGCGAAGAACAAGCAAAAUGGUUUGUUCAAUCUGUUCAUGGUAAAUGGUUUUCUAAGAAAAAAUGGGAGAAAUUCCUUAGACAUAGAGCAGUCCCAAAGAGUGGAGUACGCUUUUCCGAGAUAGAAGUGAUACUGUGCAACAUACCUAGUAAAGAAGAUUACCUACUCGAGCAGGGAGAAGACGAAAGGGAACGUCAAGAGAGAGCUAGAAAAGAAGCCGAAUUUCAAAGGCUACUGGAAGAGGAGAGGAUUCGUCGCAAAAGUAUGAAAGACGUGGCAAUUCAAAAGGCUCGCGAACAAGAAGAGAUGGACGAGGAGGAAAGACGAAAAAGACGUCUUCAAGAUGAGAAAGAGAGACAGCAAAGACUACGAGAGAAGGAGGAAGAGAAGAAUAGACAAAAGAAAUUGGAUGAGGAAGAAGAGCGCGGAAGAAGAGAAGCUGAAAUCAGAGCUAAGAAGGCUAAUAAGGAAGAUGAGGAAGUGGAAAAAGAAAAUCAGAGGUUAGAGAAAUUAAAGAGGUUAAGGGAAGAACAAGAAAAACAAUGGAAAAAAGAUUUACAAGAUGCGGAUGAGUGUGAGAAAAUAUAUGAAACUGCUAAAGCUGGUGAGGAAAAUGCAAAUAGGGAGGCGGAUAACGCUAGAGAUAGAGCUAAAAGAACGGCUGAUGACAAUGAACGAAGAGAGGCGGAAGAGAGAGAACAGAGGGCUAGAUUAAACGCUAAGGAAAAUAGGAACAAGAAAAUAAGAUAUAAUCUGAAGGUAGCUGUGAAGAGAAGAGAUAGAGAACGACUUCCGCCUGCUGUUGACGAGUUUAAGAAAGCAAAACUUCCCGAUGAUGAUAUGGAUUUGGCAAAAGCUGAAAGAUUAUUGAGGGAGUUCCAAGCCAGAGACGGUUUACAAAAGGCUAUGUCUCAAAGAGAAUUGAAAGCAUUGGAAAAGGCCAUUGCGUACGUGAAAAGAAGUGGAUUUGAAAUGGAAUUGGCUCAUGAACUAUUAGAAGCCAAUCGUAUAUUACUCCAAUUAAGAAGACUUGAGAGAAUCCGAGCUGAAAUCCUUGAACUUAAACAAUCGACUGUGGCCGAAAUAAGAAGUUAUCAGAAACCGCCAGAGAUUGUACACGUCGUUAUGACUGGUACAUUCCUAAUUUUGGGUCAUAAAGAGAAGGAGACUAAAGUUUGGAAAACAGUUCAGAGUCUUGUUGGUAAGACUGGAAAAGAAGGUCUCAAACGUAGGUGUUUAGAAUGUAACCCAGAUAACAUCAAAGAUGAAGAUGCAAAGAGGGCGAAGAAGUUAAUGUCAUCGUUUGAUUUGGACGAUGUUAGAGACGUUUCCGCUGGUGCAGCAACAUUUUACGUAUGGUCUAUGACAAUGAUUGAAGAAAAGCAAAUUCGUAUAGAGGCGAAGAAACGGGAAGCGGAAGAAAAGUUAAAAGAGCAGAAAGAACGAGAAGAAAAGGAGGAAGCUAUUAAAAAACAAAGAGCAGAGGCGGCCAAAACACCAAUAGACACACAAAAAAGUUUAGAUAAUAGCGAAACAAACCCUACAAAAACUGAUGAAAGUAACGAAACUGGGAAUUAG